CUGCCCAGUUCAUAUAGCAGUCUUCCAACCAAAGAAAACCAGAGAGGAUAACCCUAUCCACCAAAUCUGCUCGCAACCAUUCCAGCGGCAUGGCAUCCGUAACUCUCCACCACCUCUUCCCAGCAACUGUCCCAGCCACCUCCACGAUCUCAACUCCCAACCUCUCCGGCCACAGCGGCGUGGCCGUUCUCCGACGCCGAAGCAAACAACUCACGACCACGUGCAAUGCCCAGCAGAACAGCGAUAGCAAUAGCGCCCUCGAACUCGCCGCCGGUGCAGCCGGGCUGGGAUCUGGCGCGAUCGUUGCCUGGUCCCUCUUCACGCUCAAGACGACGGGUUGCGGCCUCCCACCGGGCCCCAGCGGCGCGCUCGGUGCGGCGGAAGGUGUGAGCUACCUCGUGGUGGCGGCACUGAUCGGGUGGUCGUUGACAACGAAGGUGCGCACCGGCUCGGGCCUCCCGGCUGGUCAGUUCGGACUCCUCGGCGCAGCGGAGGGCGUGUCUUACCUAGCCGCCGCCGCCAUCGUGGUUGUCUUCGGGUUGCAGUUCUUCGAGCAGGGGUCGCUCCCGGGUCCAUUACCAUCGGAGCAGUGCUUUGGUUGAGUGAGUUUUUGUGAACUCAUAUGUUUCUCGUUUUUUCCUGAGUUGAAUAUGUUACCAAGUGAAGUUUCAUGUGCUAUCUUAAAUAAUUUUUUGCA